AUGCCCCAAUCCAAGGCCGACCAAAUCUCCAACACGCAGGCCAACCUGCCUCUCCCCGAGCAGCCCCCCCAGGCCUCCGACUGGCAAUCCGCCGACGCGCGGACCGUCAACGUCGGCGCGGGCGGCGACGCGGAGCGCAAGCUGGGCACCGAGGCGGGCUCGCAGGCCGGGCUGCGGGGACCGGCGACGAAGGGCGCGGACAUGGACAUGAGCGGCAUUGGGCGCGGCGUGGACGAGGCGGCCAAGAAGGGGGCCAACGCGUCCAAUGGCGGCGGGAGCUUGAGGGGCGUCUACUAUGGACGUUCCUGA